AUGGCCUAUGACCGCUAUGUUGCCAUCUGCAGACCCCUGCACUACGGGACCAUCAUGGACAGCAGAGCUUGUGUCAAAAUGGCAGCAGCUGCCUGGGCCAGUGGUUUUCUCUAUGCUCUCCUGCACACUGGGAACACAUUUUCAAUACCACUCUGCCAAGGCAACACAGUGGAGCAGUUCUUCUGUGAAGUUCCCCAGAUCCUCAAGCUCUCCUGCGCAGAUGCCUACCUCAGGGAAGUAGGGCUCAAUGUGGUUACUGCCUGUUUCAGCUUCGGGUGUUUCAUUUUCAUUGUGGUGUCCUACGUGCAGAUCUUCACUGCUGUGCUGAGGAUCCCCUCUGAGCAGGGACGACACAAAGCCUUUUCCAUGUGCCUCCCGCACCUGGCUGUGGUCUCCCUGUUUCUCAGCACUUCAUUUUUUGCCUACCUGAAGCCGCCCUCCCUCUCCUCCCCAGCUCUGGAUCUGGUGGUGGCUGUUCUGUACUCAGUGGUGCCUCCAGCAGUGAACCCCCUCAUCUACAGCAUGAGGAACAAGGAGCUCAAGGAUGCCCUGAAGAAACUGAUUCAACUGGUAUUAGUUCAGCAGCAAUAA